ACGCGGCAUAGCGGGUCAGCGGCAGUCUCACACCGUACUCGUUCACACAACACGCUAUAAUGGCCGUUUACGUCACAUCAAAGCCAUAAAUUGACAAAUAAAUUACAAUAAAAAAGGCGCGAAUAAUAUUACAACAUGGUCGAUGAAAAUUAAUUCUGAAAAUGAUAUAGUCAUUACAAUAUUGUAUUUGUAUUAUAAUUUUAUCAUAUUAAAAUAAAAUGGCAAGAAAUUUGUGUGAUUUUUGUGUAUUUUUAAAAAGACGCGUCUAUUUGAUGUCUUGGAUCUCAUUAGUUUUAUAUCUUUUUUACAAAUCAUUUAUAUUUUAUUUACAUGGUCAUCAAUUCUUUUACUUAAGGCGCAUGUUGGGGUUAGGACUAUGCGUGUCUCGUGGAACGGCGUCUGUUCUCAACAUUUGUUGUGCUCUAGUCUUACUGCCACUGUGCAAAAAACUAAAUCAAUUACUUUACCGAGUCUUAUCUAAACUCUGCCCUGGACUAUUCUUCUUUUGGCUAGAGAGUGCGAAGAGCUUUCAUAUGACGGUGGCUGUUACUCUUGUAACUUUUGGUGUAAUACAUUCCGUAUCGCAUUUCGUGAACUUGUGGAAUUUUUCGCGCAGUUACGACGAACAAUGGCCGGAGAUCAACUUGGCUAGAUACAAGAAUGAGAGUCCUUUUCUUCUACUGAUAAGUAUAGCAGGCGUAACUGGUGUGUCAAUGUUGCUCAUCGUACUCAGUAUGGGCUUGACGUCUACAAGAAUCGUGCGACGGAGAGUGUAUAAUGCUUUCUGGUACACUCAUCAGCUUUAUCUCCCGUUUAUGUUAUUGCUGAUGAUUCACCCUUUGAGCGGGGUUUUAAAAGAAGAAAUUUUGGAUGAAAAUAAAAAUGUUGCUAACGACAUAAAGAGAUGGACAAAUGGAUCAAUAUCAGAUACACCAAAAUUUGCUGCGAUUCAAUCGACGACUUGGCUGUGGAUGGCAGUACCUUUAAUCUGCUUCUUCUUGGACAUGCUAUGGAGAAUAUUUACAAGAAACCUCGCAAAAGUUCGAAUAUUACAAGUAACUCAUAUGCCCGGACGUACGAUAAGUUUGUCAUUAAGCUGUCCUUAUAAUGACUUCGUUUGUCGGAUGGGUCAGUACGUGUUAAUGCAGUGCUCUGAUCUCUCCGUGAUGGAGUGGCAUCCUUUCACUGUGGUUGAGGUUCCUACGAAAAACAAAAGGAAAUUUGUUAUAUGGAUAAAAGCUAAAGGAGAUUGGACGAAAGGUAUGGAAAAAAUGCUGAAAGAGAGAGGACCAAAUAAUCUUAACAUUCUUAUAGAUGGACCAUUUUCAAGUCCUAUGCAAGGGAUAACCAGAUGUGAUAUUGCAAUUUGUAUAGCGGCUGGAGUUGGAAUAACGCCCUUUGUCUCUAUUUUAAGAGAUAUGUUAAUGAACCCAAGAAAUCGAUUACCAGGUCGAAUUCAUCUAAUUUGGAUAGUAAGACAUGAAAAUGAACUUUCAUGGAUUGCUAGUUUAGCUACAGAAGCAAUAUUGCAAUUAAGAAAUGCGAAUCGACCAGACAGACUUCAUCUCGAACUUUAUGUAACUAAUUCAAAUGAAAACGAUUCCCAUUGCGAUGUAAAUAAAGAACAAAAUUCUAUAACACAUAUGGUUGUACUUAAUGAAAAAGGUGGUCUGACGCACUUGAUCGGCGAUGAUGAAAGGAAAACAUUAUUGACUCCAAAUAAGAAAAGAAACGGUUGUAUUUUCGAAGAUAAUGAAAAAAAUCAUGAUGAUAAUAAAUGUGAUUUUAAUAUAGCGAAGAAAUAUCCAUUGAUCGGUUGUAGAGUGAGGAGAGGCAGACCGCAUUGGGACCAAGUGUUUGGCUAUUGGGCACAUUUGUAUCCAGAACAUCACCUUAAUCUAUACUGCUGUGGACCAAAGAAACUAGUUAAGUUACUAAGAAGCAAAUGUAAAUAUACUUCAAGAUUUACAAAUACUAAACUAACGUUCAUUCACGAGGCUUUCUCUUGAACUGCUAUGUUAAUUUUUAUUGAUGGACUGCUAUUAAAAAUAAAUA